AUGGGCCGUUGUCUUUUUGUGAUUAAAGUGGCCGGUGCCACCUCGUUGGGCUUGUUGACCGGCUCCUUGGCAUACCAGACCUGGGAAGCCAUUCCUCAAUUGAUCAGACAAUUAAACAAUCUGAGCUCAUCGGAAAAACAUCUGCUUACCUUGCAGAGCAUCAGCACAACGUUUACGAUUUCCAACGUGUUGAACUUGGCCUUGGCCGUUGUCUCCUCGGGUCUCUUCACCAUGGCUUAUAAGUACGCUGCUCCCUCUGGAAAGCAUCCUUACUUGUUGUACUCUGCCGUGGGAGCUCCUCUUGCGCUCUUGUCAAUGUGGUACAACGGCGCACGCGCUCAAUGCAACAUCUCGAAGCGUUCGCGCGGAAAGGAGGUUGGUUGCUCCUCCAAGGGCAUGUUCGGAUUUAUUUCCGGCAGCGGUGUUCCAUUCAGCAAGUGUUCUGCGAAAUGCAAGAAGAACGUGUGCAAGAAGACUGAAGCCAAGAAGGAGCCAACCCCUAAACCCGCGGAGCAAGUGCCAAUUGAAGAGGAGAGCUUGAGUCUGUCAUAUGUUCAAGUUUCCGAAGAUUCUCUGGCCACUUCCACACCUAGUGCAUCUGUUCCUGGCUCCCCAGCACCAAUGUCUACUUCCGCUGCUAGUGAUGUAACAGUUGGCGCUGAUGAGGCAGUCCCAGUUGUGUCACCCAUCGAAGAAGAGGUUGAGUAUGCCUUGAGCAAGAAGGCCUACGUGCGCGAUUUGGAGAUUGUCAAGCGCGGCAGUGUCGUUGCCUCAGCCAUUGCGGCCGGUGCACUUUUCAUCAGCACCAUCGGUGUUGUUGGCGAGCGUCUUUACCUUUGA